UCUAACGAUGUUGGCUGUGCCAGUGGAUGAUGCCAUCGUGAUUCCUUCCCUAUGGGAGUUCGUUCUUCAGCUCGGCGGAGAUGCCAGUGACUAUGGUUGGGUCCAGGUCGCGUACUACGCAGGGCGCUUGGUGGGCAUGCCAUUGUGCGGCAGCUUGGUGGAGCGCAUCAGAUACGUCUGCGUCUUCGCAUGGGCCCUGGGCUUGGGCGUCUUGGCAAGCCUCCUGUACACCACCGCGCCCAUUCUGGGCGGGGUCCCGAUGUUGGCGCUGUCGAGGGCGCUCCUCGGGCUCUCCUCCGCGGCCAGCGUCGCCGCCAUCGCGUACAUCGCGGAGCACGUGCCCUUGGUGCACCGCAUCAAGGCGUUCUCGAUGACGUUCGGCCUGCAGAGGGCGGUAGCUCCGCUUGCGCCCCUGCUGAACCUGAUCUGCGUGCGGCUGCCCCCGGCAACAGUGGGCCCUCUGAAGAUGACGAGCUACAAUUAUGCGGGUGUUAUCGAACGGACCUAGCCCCAUCCCGCCACCGUUCCUGGAUCGUGGCCAGGAGGCUUCUUAGAGUUAGGCUGUUUCUUAGGGGCCUGAGGACGCUCUUCUCAGUAGUCAAGUAAUCACCUCACGGCACGGUGGCGGAUCACUGCGGCGUUCAAUGGCCUCAUCUUGCUGAGCCUCCUGCUGCUGCGCGAGCCCCCGCGGAGCCACGCGCGCAUGGCCGCCCCCGCGCCGCGGCUGGCGGAGGUGUGCGGCACGCUCGGCCGCACCGGCGCCUACGUGUCGUACGUCUUGUCUUUCCAGAACAAUUGGACCAACCAGACGGUGAUGUGGACGUUGCCAAUUGUCACAAAGAGCCUCUACCCCUACCUCGGUAUCGUCGGUAACUCCCUCCUGCUGGCCGGCGGGGGGGUAACUGGCAUGGCAACCGCAUUAUUCACACCGCGUUUGUUUCGUGGGGUGGAGGACAGGUGCCAGAUAUUAUUAUCGCAGGUCUUGCUGGGCGGAACGUUGAUCCCGUACAUGUUGGCGUACGGCUGCCAGUGUUGUAGCGAACCACCCCUAUGGUUCCUCGCGGCCGCCUAUUGGCUGUACAACGUGCCUUUCUUGCUCCAGAUGCCCGCUAACAAUUCUAUAUACACCAGGCUGGUCGGGCAAAGCAGCCAGGGCGUCUGGAUAGCGCUGCUGGAGAUGUCCAAGACGUUUGCACGCAUCAUUGCCGGUUAUUCGUAGCGCCUUGCAGGGCGUACGACACGCUGGGCCCGUGCCUCCUCUGGAGCCUCACCCUCGGCAUCUGGGCCUUCCAGUUCUUGCCCCUGCUGCUGAAGUGGAGGAGGCUCGCCCCGUCCUGCAGCCGAGCCUGAGAGGCUGGCGCGGGCAGGCUGCUGGGGGCGCAGUCGCGCGGGCAGGCGGGCGUCGGCCACCCGUGCGGCAGCUCGCCAGAAAGGCUUCCUGCGGCACCAGGGGGGGGGCCGGGCCAUUGGCUGCGUUAGGGAGUCGGGCGCCUUGAGGAAGAAGUGAGCGCGCCACCACCUCCUCCUGUGUGUGCGUGUGUUGGACGAGCUGACCUGCGGGUCGCAGGUGCAGGAUGGUCCGCGAGAGCGCCCGAAGCUUGUGUACACCCACCCGCAGGCCUCUGCCUCCACCCUCCAGGUGGUGGUGUUGAUGCACGGCCUUUCCCUUUCUGGGAGGCUGUCUUCACGCCUCUUCCUUUAGCCGUUCGCCCGUGCAGCACUGUCGAGAAUGCAGGUAUGGCGUCCUUUCGUGCGGCAGGCUGUGGGGGCGCUAGCCAGCUGCGACAGCCACCUCCCUAACCUUCGUGUUCGUCGUCGUCUUCCUCCUCCCCCUCCUUUCCUUCGCC